AAGUAGCUUGACAGGUAUUGUUUCUGAAUCAUUUUUGCAACCAUACGUGAUUGGGAGGCAUAGAUCUCUUCUUCGAUUUUCAUUUAUGGCUGGUGACGCCCUCGCAAGCCUUCCAAAUGGCCAUGCAAAUAUGAAUUUUGAUACCCAGAGGACUUAUCAAGUUGUUGUAGGUGCAACCCAAAGUAUGGGUAUUGGGAAGGAUGGGAAAUUGCCGUGGAGGUUGCCUUCUGAUCUUAAAUUUUUCAAGGAGAUCACAAAAACUACUUCAGAUCCUCUGAAAAGGAAUGCUGUGAUAAUGGGUAGAAUAACAUGGGAAAGCAUUCCCCUAGAACAUCGGCCUCUACCUGGUCGACUUAAUGUUGUGCUAACUCGUUCUGGGAGCUUUGACAUUGCCACUGCUGAGAAUGUUGUGAUAUGUGGAAGCUUGGUUUCAGCGUUAGAAUUGCUGGCAGCAUCUCCUUAUUGUCUGUCAAUAGAGAAAGUGUUUGUGAUUGGAGGUGGCCAGAUAUUUAAGGAUUCACUCAAUGCACCUGGAUGCGAGGCCAUCCACAUUACAGAAAUUGAGACGAGCUUUGAAUGUGAUACUUUCAUCCCUCCAAUUGAUUCCUCAGUAUUUCAGCCAUGGUACUCAACCUUUCCAUCGGUAGAGAACAACAUUCGAUAUUCUUUUGUUACUUAUGUCCGUGUGAGGGCUUCUACAUCUCUAAACAAUGGGGUGAUGUUUGAUGGUUGUUCUGACAAGACUAAAUUUGAGGUAGAAAAGUUCUCUUUUUUGCCCAAGAUGAUUUUUAAGAGGCAUCAGGAGUACUUGUAUCUUGGACUUGUUGAAGAUAUAAUUUCAAAUGGCAAUCAGAAGGAUGACAGGACAGGGACUGGCACUCUAUCUAAAUUUGGUUGCCAGAUGGAAUUUAAUCUUCGUAAGUCAUUCCCACUUCUUACAACUAAGAAAGUCUUCUGGCGAGGUGUUGUUGAGGAACUUUUGUGGUUCAUUAGUGGUUCUACAAAUGCAAAGGUUCUACAGGAAAAAGGCAUUCACAUAUGGGAUGGCAAUGCAUCUAGAGAAUACCUUGACAGUAUUGGUUUGGCUGACCGAGAAGUGGGUGACUUGGGACCUAUAUAUGGGUUUCAGUGGAGGCACUUUGGUGCCAGGUAUACUGACACGCAUGCUGACUACAAAGGACAAGGAUUUGAUCAGUUGUUGGAUGUUAUUGACAAGAUCAAGAAUAACCCGAAUGAUCGGAGGAUUGUUCUUUCAGCUUGGAAUCCAUCUGAUCUUAAAUUGAUGGCACUUCCACCUUGCCACAUGUUUGCACAGUUUUAUGUUGCCAAUGGGGAGCUGUCUUGUCAAAUGUAUCAGCGUUCCGCGGACAUGGGUCUUGGUGUGCCAUUUAAUAUUGCAUCCUAUGCUCUCUUAACAUGCAUCAUUGCUCAUGUUUGUGGUCUUGUUCCUGGUGAUUUCAAACAUGUUAUUGGUGAUGCACAUGUUUAUAGAACACACGUUAGGCCUUUACAGGAGCAGUUUCAAAAACUACCUAAACCUUUUCCAAUUCUGAAAAUCAAUCCUCAGAAGAAGGAUAUCGAUUCUUUUGUGGCGACUGAUCUCAAGCUCAUAGGUUAUGAUCCCCAUCAGAAAAUAGAUAUGAAAAUGGCAGUAUAGAGCUCCUAAACCUCUUGAAAGUUUAGAAAUGGAAGUACUUGAGAUUCUCUUCACCCUUCCAGCUAGAUCUCAUAGUUCCAGUGUUCUUGGGAAUUCAAGCAUUUAAAUCUGUGCUGGACUUUUGAUUCAUUGCUAGGGUGAAAGUUAUGAAGGAUUUUAUUCUGCAUGAUUGAAGUUUGUUUUUGGUAAUGUCUUCAGGCAGGUACAGGAGGUCUAUGAUUGUAGAGGUACAUGUAAAGAAAGGAGUAUGGUUUACUUUGACAUUAUUUAUGCUGUAGUAGUUGAGGAUCUUGGGGGAACCAAUCAAUGAUUGUUCUGGUGAUUAAGGAUUCCUUAUCCUCUCCUUUUUUUUGUAAUGUCAUUUUGUGUUGUGUAAGACAUUUUACUUUUAUGGAUUCUAACCCCUCCCCUUCUUUUGUUUCUCUUAUAUACCCUAAAUACACUUUUGCGGUUAAAAAAGGGUUUGGGGGGGUUGAAAGGAAAGAACAAAUUAGAUAUGACCACCGUCGUGUUCCUUUAAUCUUCACUGAAAUUUCUAAUGCCUUUUAGAAGCUUUACUAAUUUUAUAUUGCCUUUUCUCACAUGUAACCCGCAGGGAUUACAAGAUUGCAUUAAAUGGAUCUUUAGCUUCUUGUAUCUGAUUGUAGUAGGUGGGGAGUUAUUAUGAGAAUAUUCAAAUUAUUGGGUAAAUUGCUGUUGUAGGCUUUCUAUGAAUACUUAAGGUGUUUGGGAGGCAAA